UCUUAUGUAGCCACUCGAGCUACUCCAAUCUUUUCGAAGUGUAUAUGUUCACUGUCCAUUUUGAGUCUCUCUUCCGAGUGCAAGAAGAAGGAAAAAAAAGAGGCGAAAUGGAGAAGGGCAAAGGGCUGGUGGAUCUCUGCAUAGAAGCGGCGACGGCAUGCAGUGAGAGCGUCGAUAUAUGGCGGAGGCAGAGGAGGACUCUCGAGCGCCUUCCCUUUCAGCUCGCUGACGAUCUGUUUCGUCGUCUUCACAGCCGCCGCCUACUUUCCCCUUCGAUCCUUGAAAUUUUCCAGUUUUGUGUCAAUGAGGUUGAUUUGAGAGGUGAGAGUUGUGUGGAUGCUGAGUGGAUGGUUUACCUGAGUGCAUUUCGUUACUUGCACAGUUUGAAUAUUGCAGAUUGCAAGAACGUCAAUAAUUUUUCUCUUUGGCAUCUAUCAGGGCACAGCAGCCUGAAAGAAUUGGACCUGUCAAGAUGCUCGAAGAUCACAGAUGCUGGCAUUAAGCAUUUAUUGUCCAUUGCAACUUUGGAGAAGCUAUGUGUAUCAGAAACAGGAUUGACUGCAGAUGGAGUGCUCAGCCUAUCUUCUUUUGUAAACCUCCGUGUGCUGGAUCUGGGAGGGAUUCCUGUUACUGAUACUGCACUAUCAUCUUUACAGGUGCUGACACAGCUUGAGCAUUUGGAUUUAUGGGGGAGUGAAAUUUCCAACGUUGGUGCUGCUACCUUCGAAAAGUUUCCAAUGUUGCGCAUUUUGAACAUUGCUUGGACCAAAGUUACCAGAAUGCCUAUUCUUUCUAUUGCUUGCUUAAACAUGAGCAACUGCACUAUUCAUUCUAUAGUUGAUGGAGAUAACACAGCCACUGCUACUUUGUCAAAGUUAAUCAUUACUGGAGCAACUUUUAUUGAUGCAGAUCAAGUUUUUUCCAUUCUCCAAUUAAGCUGCUUGAAGUUCUUGGAUAUAUCUUGUUCAAACAUUGGCAGCUUCAACUUCUUAGUUAACUUGCGAAACCUUGAACACUUAAAUCUUAGAUAUAGCCAGAUAACAGAUGGUUUAAUGGAGCAAGUAGCAUCAGCUGGAGAGAAAUUGAGAUACUUAAAUCUCAGCAAUACCAAGAUAACCUCUCAUGCAUUAUCGGUGUUAGUUGGAUGUGUUCCAAACCUUGAAAAUAUAUCUUUGUCCCACACAUUGGUUGAUGAUACCUCUCUUGCAUAUAUCAGCAUGACAUCAUCUUUGCAAUUAGUUGACUUGAGCCAUACAAGAAUUAGAGGCUUUGUUGAUUCUGGCAGAGAGAAUUCAGAUAAAAUGCUAUCUCUUAGUGCACUUCAGAAUCUCACUAACUUGAGAAGUUUGAAUUUGGAAGAUACAAAAGUGAUGGACGAGGCUCUUCAGCCCUUAUCUCUUCUCACAGAACUGGUGUGCUUAUAUCUGAAAAGUGAUUUCUUAACUGAAAUCUCACUCCAUGCCAUUGCUUCUCUCCAGAAAUUGAAAUUUCUUGGGUUUCGUGGUGCCGUGCUUACGGACUAUGGCCUUCUUUCUUAUAGACCACCUCCAUUGCUUUGUGUAUUUGAUCUUCGAGGUUGUUGGCUUUUGUCAGCCAAUGCCGUAUCUUCAUUCUGCAAAAAAUACCAGCAAGUUCAGGUCAGACAUGCUCAUGUCAACAACCCAUUUGAGGAUGAAAUUGUUUCUUAUGGUUCAUCUGCAUCUUUCAUAACUACUAAAGUACCGCUGUCAAGACCCAGAACAGUGAAAUCAUCUAAUACUUCAUUUGUAGAUGAGAGAAUGAAGUAUAGCACAGAAGAAUUAUUGCAGUUGGAGAACUCCACUGGACUUAGCUUUAUGCUAAAAGAUCUAGAUCUGUUACCUGAGAUUUUGAGGAAGUAACGAUCAUGCAAAUUCCUUACCCUCUUUCAGUCUCAUUUAGUGUUCUAGUACUUCAUGAAGUUGUCAAUAGAAUAAACUAUACUCACUAUUGGUUGUUGGUGGAGAAAUUUUGUUUAACUUUUAAUCCCACCGCAGUGGCAUUGAUAAUGUGAGCAAGUCAAGUUUUCAUUAUGUUAUUGGUUUUCUAACGCUUUCUUGUUACCCA